AAUUUUGGUCACUUACAAGCUGAAGUCGAUCCUCUGAAACUUCGCGGUCCUGCAGUCGGAACAAAAUUUGUGAGAGCUGAAGAUAAACAGUGGCCUGACCAAGUGAAAAAAUUGCUGCAGGAGAACCAGAUGACUGCCAUGAAUGAAAUGUUCCUUCUUCCAAACGACUCUAGCAUUGGAAAACCUAACGAACAAACGUUACCAUUAGGUGAAAUACUGAAUCGUCUCCAAAAUGCAUAUUGCCGAUUUAUAGGUGUUGAGUAUAUGCACAUCCCUUCACCAGAGAAGAGGAAAUGGAUUCGUGACCAGUUUGAACCAGGUGUAAAAGUUUUAACAACUGCUGAUAAGAAAAGAGUUUGGAAACAUUUGUUAGAAUCAGGGUCUUUUGAACAGUUUUUGACUCGCAAGUGGCCUACUACCUUUCGAUUCUCUCUUGAAGGUUGUGAAAUUUUAGUUCCAGCAUUACAGCAAGUUUUACAUAGAUGUGCUGAAUCUGGUACUACCAAUCUUGUUUUGGGAAUGGCUCAUCGUGGGAGAUUGAAUGUAAUGGCAAAUAUCCUUCAAAAAGAAAUUGAAAAAUUAUUAAUUCAUUUCAAACGAGAUGUGGAUUUUGGGAAACUUAUUGGUGAUGUUAAAUAUCAUUUGGGAUGUUACAUCACUCAGAAACAUGAAAGAACAAAUAAAGAUAUGACAAUUUGCAUUGUAUCAAAUGCAAGCCACUUGGAAAGUGUAAAUCCCAUUGUUCAAGGCCGCUGCAAAGCAGAACAAAUCAUCUUGAAUGACAAAGAUGGAAAAAAGGUGAUACCCAUAGUUGUCCAUGGUGAUGCAGCGUAUGCUGGACAAGGAGUUGUUUAUGAAAAUAAUACAUUGUGUAAUCUUCCUGACUAUAAUGUUCAUGGUACUCUUCAUAUUGUAAUAAAUAAUAAUAUUGGCUUCACAACUUCUCCAGAAGAAUCCAGAUCAUCUCCCUAUUGUACAGAUGUUGCAAAAAUUGUGAAUGCUCCUGUAUUCCAUGUUAAUAGUGAAAAGCCUGAUGAAGUAAUGCAUUGCAUGAAUGUUGCUUGUGCUUACCGGAACCUUUAUCAUCAAGAUGUUGUUGUUGAUUUAAUAUGUUAUCGUCGUUAUGGACACAACGAAGCUGAUGAACCAGCUUACACUAGUCCUAUUCUUUACUCACAUGUUCGAAAACAUGUUCCUUUUCCAGAUACUUACACCAAACAGUUACUAACUGAAAAAGUUAUAACUCAAGAAGAUAUUGAGAAAGAAAAGAAAAUUUACUUUGCAAAAUGCGAUGAAGCCUUUGCAAAAUCUCAGAAGUAUACAACUAUUGACUGGAAGGAUUGGAAUGACUCACCUUGGAAAGAUUUUGCUACAGGUGUAAAAAAUGAGCUAAUGCCAACUGGUGUUCCAGAGGAUGAGUUAAAGAAAAUUGGUUUACAAUCUAUGGCUGUGCCUCAAGGAUUUGUAAUUCAUAAAUUGCUGGGAAGGGUAUUUCAGAACCGCAAAAAAAUGAUUGAAAGUCGUUCACUUGAUUGGUCCCUAGGUGAAACAUUAGCUUAUGGCACGUUACUAGAAGAAGGUAUACCUAUACGUUUGGCUGGUCAGGAUGCCCAGCGUGGCACAUUCAGUCAUCGUCAUCAUCUCUUGCAUCAUCAAGAGAAAGAUAAUGAGAAAUACAUGCCUCUCAAUCACCUUAGUCCCAAACAGGCAAAAUAUAAUGUUGUGAACACACCUUUGAUUGAAUAUGGAGCAUUAGGAUUUGAAAUGGGCUUUGCCAUGAGUUUUGGUAAUGCGCUAGUUGUAUACGAAGCUCAGUAUGGAGAUUUUCUUAAUAAUGCACAACUCAUAAUUGAUGCAUAUCUGUCUGGUGGUGAGAGUAAGUGGGGACGUCAGUGUGGUCUGGUAAUACUCCUUCCUCAUGGCUUAGAAGGUUUGGGUUCCGAACAUUCCAGUGCCCGUUUGGAACGUUUUCUUCAAAUGAGCUCUGAAAACCCUGAUUUGGUUUCAAUAAUGAAUGAACCAAACUUUCCUUUCAAUCAACUGAAGCGCACCAAUUGGAUUGUAGCAAAUUGCACAACACCGGCAAAUUUUUUCCACAUUUUAAGAAGGCAAAUGAAGUUGCCAUUUAGAAAACCUCUUAUUAUCAUGUCUCCUAAAUCUCUCCUCCGUCAUCCUGAAUGUAAAUCAAGCUUUGAUGAAUUAAUUGGCAACACAUCAUUUCAAUCUGUUAUUCCGGAAUUGGGACCUGCUAGUAAAUCUCCAGAUUCCGUGAAAAAGCACAUAAUUUGCAGUGGAAAAGUGUUUUAUGACUUAAUAGAAAAAAGAAAAAAACAAAAUUUAGAUUCAUCAAUUGCUAUUACAAGAAUUGAGCAAAUAAGUCCUUUCCCUUUUAAUUAUGUUGCAAACGAAAUUAAUAAGUACCCCAAUGCUGAAAUUUGUUGGGUACAAGAGGAGCACAAGAAUCAGGGGCCAUGGUCCUUUGUAUUUGACCGAUUUAAUGCAUUAUUGAAUGAUACAAAUUGGUAUGCAUUAACAUAUGUGGGGAGAGGCGUUUCUCCAGUUCCUGCUGUUUCAACAGUGCACAAGCAUAAUAUAGAGCGAGAAGAAUUCCUAGAUGCUGCAAUGGUAAUAUCAGAAGACUUAGAAGGCAGAGGUAUAAGCAAGAAAAAAUUUCAUCCAAGAAAAAAGCAAUGA